AGCUUGGCACUACCAAAUUAUUGGAAUAUCAAAGUUCCACUGAGAUUGCCUACUAUAUAGUGCAAUCAAGCAUAACCUUAAGAUAAGGAUAUUAUCUAAUUAACUAUUUCACGUAGAGAUAUGGAAUGGAAGAAAUGUUAUUUGGAUGUGAUAUUAGUGCCAUUAGCAAUUCUAUUAAGCAUUGGUUACCAUGUUUGGCUGUGGUACAAUGUUCGAACUCAUCCUCAUACAACUAUCAUUGCCAUCAAUGCCAGUGGCAGACGGAACUGGGUUGCUGCCAUGAUGAAGGACAACGAGAAGAAAAAUAUACUUGCUGUACAAACAUUGAGAAACACAAUCAUGGGUGCAACACUAAUGGCAACAACUUCUAUUCUUCUCUGUUCAGGCUUAGCAGCAAUCAUAAGCAGUACCUACAGUGUCAAGAAGCCCCUCAACGACUCAGUUUAUGGAGCCCAUGGAGAGUUCAUGGAAGCUCUGAAAUAUGUGACUCUUCUCACUAUCUUCUUAUUUUCCUUCUUCUGUCACUCAUUAUCCAUUAGAUUUAUCAACCAAGUCAACAUUCUAAUUAACACCCCACAGGAUUCAAUGUCUUUGGUGACCCCAUCAUAUGUUAGUGAGUUAUUGGAGAGAGGCUUCACUUUAAACACUGUUGGAAACAGACUCUUCUAUUCAGCACUUCCAUUGUUGUUGUGGAUCUUUGGCCCUGUUUUGGUCUUCCUUUGUUCUCUCACUAUGGUUCCUUUGCUUUAUAACCUUGACUUUGUCAUCACUAAGGGAAAGAUGGACCCAAAUCAGAACACGGAUUUUGUUUGAGUUUAUACUUUUAUGUCUGUUUCUGUCCAAAAAUAAUAACUUUUAAGUAAGAAUUAAUUGUAGUUGGUCUUUAUUUCAAUGAUCAGAAGUGUAUGUUCAAUAACGAGGAUUGUGUUUCAUUAACAAAUAUGCCAAGGAUUGUGUGUGAUAGCAAGUUUGAUUUAAUUCAA